GAAGAAGAACCAAAAAAGAAAACUUGUUUGAAACAACGACGACGACGACGAACAAGACGCUAAAAGGCAAUCUUAACACAAGCUAAAGCUGAGGCGGCGUGCAAAGCAAAACGCAGAAAACAAAAGCAAAGCAGCAGAAGCAACAAACGGCACUUGCAGUCAGCUUUGUCUGCGCUGCUCCUAGCCAAAAAAUCAACAAAAACAAUUAAAACAAAAAAAAACAAUAUCACACGGCAUAGUUAGGCGAUAGGCGAUAGACGAUAGGCAGGCAAGACGACGUCACCGAUAGAUCAGAAGCAUAAUACACGGCAGCAGUAUGGAUGAAGAUGACAACAUAUCCAAUGCGAAUAUAAGUGUCGAUGACGAUGACGAUGACGAUGAGCAACAGCAGCGGCAACAGGAUAUUAAUCGACAGCAACAAAUCGACCUCCUCGAACUCUAUGCACAAUCGUUUCCGUUGCGAAAUGUGGAUGGUGGCGGUGGCAACACGAGCAGCGACGGACCAGCUGUCACAGCGGCACGCACAGACAACACAACCGGCGGCGGGGCUGCCGGGUCGGGCAAUUCGCCAUUUCACGAUUGGGACUCACAAAGCACAGCGGCACGUGGUAGCGCCAGCGGCAGUGGCAGCGGGAGCAGCAGCAGCAACAGCAGCGGCAGCAACGCCAGCGGAAGCAGUCAACAGCAGCAGCAGGCAAACGCCAAGGAGAUCAAUGAUGCCAGCGCUACUGCUUGUAGCGGAGGAGGCGGUGGCAGUGGCGGCGGCAAUUCGGGUGCUAAACCCAGUUUCUUCUUUGGCACCUCAUCGGUUAUAUUGCGCAGCCGGAAGGAGGUCGCCGCAUUAAUCAAUACGGAAUGCUGCCGUGGCAGUCCAACGCCCGAUUUGGAUUCAAUUAUGGAUACGCUAUUCAAUCCUGGCACACCUAUCGAUAAUCCCGAUAAUAUCGAAUGGAUACGCUGGCUAAUUGCUGGCGGUCGCACGCCCACGGAAUUUGUUAAAAUCGUGCGCAGCUACGAUAACCAUGCGAAAUGCGGUCUGGUGUGGGUGCCCCAUGUUGUGGCAUAUCGGUGUCGCACCUGCGGCAUAUCGCCAUGCAUGUCGAUAUGUCGCGACUGUUUCAAGAAGGGCGAUCAUGCGAAUCAUGAUUUCAACAUGUUCCUCUCACAGGCAGGCGGUGCCUGCGAUUGUGGGGACACGUCAGUGAUGAAGGCGGAGGGCUUCUGCAGUGAUCACGGCAUCAAUAAUCGCGUCAAUCGCGAUCCAGUGCCCAAUAAUCUGUUGGCGGUCGCCGAGGCGAUAAUGCCAAAGCUCCUCUUCCGUCUGCUGCAGCAUUUUCGGGAGCACAGCGAUGCUUCACUGCAGCAACAGCAUGCGAACAAUUCAUACUCAUGCGAAGCGUUCGCCAAUAUGCUUAUCGAUCUGAACAAUAUGGGCGAGAUAAUGCGCAAGGUGAUGACACGGACGCUGAUCAAUGCCGAUGUCUAUUCGUAUUUUAUGGAGACACCGUGCCAGGAUACACGCAACGGACACUUCCUCAAGGCGAAUCGCGAAAAAUACGAGGAUGCCGUCAAUCGUUUCCCAAAUCCAGAGCCACCCGAUGAGUAUCGGGAUUUGCCGGCGCUCGGCAAGAAACUGGUGCACACCACCUUGCUGGAGGAGUUCAUAUUCUGGACAUUCAAGUUUGAGUUUCCACAGACGUUGGUCUGCUUCCUGCUCAACAUGUUGCCCGAUCAGGACUACAAGGAACACCUGACACGAACAUUUGUGAUGCACUACAGCCGCAUUCCGUCGGUGUUGGAAAUGUCCCGGGAUCCCGAUACACUCAGCAAUCGGGUUGUCCACAUGAGCGUUCAGCUCUUCUCCAACGAGAGCCUUGCCCUCAAAAUGGUCAAUGAGCUGUCGCUGUUGCAUGUGAUGAUUAUUAGCUUGAAGCUGAUGAUGUCCAAGAUACUCAUACAGAAUACGCUGCAUGAUCCCAUAAAGAACUUUCACUUUGUGAUCGAUUGUACGCGUCAAGUGAUGAAGGAUCAUUGCUAUUGGCCCCUCGUCUCUGAUUUUAACAAUGUUCUUUCGCAUGAAUCGGUGGCGUUGGUCUUUCUACGCGAUGAUAACCUAAUCGAUAUGUGGUUUCAGUUCCUGCAGAUGCUGCAGGGUAUGAAUGUGAAUGUGCGAGAGACGGCCUCGCAUGUGGAAUUCGAGCCGAAUAGCUAUUAUGCGGCAUUCUCCUGCGAAUUGGAGGCCAGCGCAUAUCCCAUGUGGUCCAUCAUUUCUCAUCUGCAGGAUGGCACCCAUGCCCAUCUAGCCAAGAAGAUUAUCAACUAUUGUGUGACGACGCUGCACGAAUGGCUCGAUUCCAUCUACUUUAGGGAGCCCAAAUUGUCUCUGGAGGAAAUGAUGCAGGCCUCGUUUCAUUUUCCGCUGCAUCGUUAUCUGGCCGCCUUUGUCUGCCAGGCAGUCACCAAAAUGGGCAUCAGUCUCAGCGAUGUUCUGCCCUCCCGUCCCGACAUCUUACCCCUGCUAAUGAUACAUCCACUCCGUGUCCAGAGCUUCUUCUACGAAAUUCUGGCUGGCAAAUGGGUGCGAAAUGGUCUGCAGAUCAAGGGCCAAGCCAUGACCUACAUACAGGCGAACUUUUGCAAUUCAAUGGCCGACAUGGAUCUGUUCUUUCUGCAAAUAUGCGCCACAAAUCUAUCGCAAUAUUUCUUUCUGCAGAACACCAUCGAGCUAUUCGAUGUGGGCCAAUGGCUGGAGACAGCGCCACUGAAGCAGCCCCAGAAGCCGGAGCAAUCAUCAAUGCUGGAGGGUUUCCUCACAUUUCUCGCCACCCUGGUGACGAGUCGCACCAAUCUGGGCAACGAUGAGGCCACCCAGUGCAUCAUUGAGAUCAGUGCACUGCUGGCCACCGAGAAUAAGACGCAUUCACAGCUGCUCGAACUGAUGCCGGAGCGUUCGGGCAAUGUGCACACCAAGAAUUUCGAGACGUUCCUUAAGAAGCUGUCCGUGUACAAGGCACCGUCAUCUGGAUCGGAGAAUCUCGAACAGGGCCUGUUCACGCCAAUCGAUGAGGUGUGGGAGGAGUACUAUGAUCCGUUGCAUGUCCUCCUCCGUGCCGUGCAUCGUCGGGACUUUCAAUCAUCGCUGGAUCGCUUCACCAACUAUGUCAAAUCGAAAAAUAAGAUGCCGGUCAGUGGUAAUCUUUGGCCACCGUUUCGUUUGCCGUUGCCGGUGGGUGAAUCCUUCACCGAUCCGUGUCGCAUUCUAAACUCCCGUCUCUUUCACUCCACCAUACUCUCGAUCUUCUUUCGAGCGGUGCACACACGCGAUGUCUCCGAGCAUCUGCUCGCACUGGCUGUUUUUCUGCUCGAGAUCGCUGUGGAGACGAGUAAUGAUAUUAAUGCCGCUGCCGCCGGCGGAUCAUCCACAGCGUCAGCCUCAUCCUCAACGUCGAGUGCGGGGAAUGCUGCCAACGCUGCCGGUGCCUUACCCGUUGCCAUGGUCGAGUGUGAGCCGCAGCAUCAUCAAUCGGGUUAUUAUUAUGGCGGACAGCGUCGUGAGCCGCCCAAGCUCUUCCAAUGCUAUCCCACAGACAAUCUGGGCUGUAAUCUGCGGCAUGUGGUGAGCAAAGUGUCGCUAAAAUCCCGUGAUCCUCAGGUGACCACAUCCAGUUAUCGCUCGAAUCCCUUUUAUGCGGAUCUUGAUUUCGAUGUGGAAACGGAGGCGAGACGAAUGAUUGGCGCCGCUUCCUACGGUUUGGAUGAACUGGACGAGACAUCCGGUGCGGUGAGUGUGGCACGCAGUGUGGCACUGCAACAGCGCAACAGUGCAUUGUCCCGCAUGCGAAUGGAGGUGGCACUCGUGCCCGAUCUAUCGGUGGUGGCCGAAACGGGUGUUGUACUCCUCCAGCCGGAUGGCAGCGAGGAUGGACACGAUAAUGCCAUGGAUAUGAGUCCGGGGGCUCAGGAUUUUCAUCAUUUCCCGCUGCAACAGAUAACGCUGCCCGAGAGCGGCAUGGAGGUGGCCAUACGCAGAGAUCUCCUGCUCGCCGAGACGACGGCAACGACGACGACGACGCCGGGCACGAUGCCGGGAUCGCUAGCAGCAACGCCAGAUGAUGAGCGAACGGGACAAACGGGAACUGGCAUCGGUGCCAGCGACAAUGAAAUGUUCUCACCCACAACGCCCACUGGCAGUGGAAUGCUAUUGCCAUUUCAACGUGUCCGUCUGCCUGUGGCUGUGCCCAGCAGCAAUAUGGAUGUGGUGCCAUCAAAUUCACUUGGCGGCCCCGGCGGCGGCAUAUCCGGUGGCGUAUCCGGCGUUGCCAGCGGUGGUGCAAGGAAACGUGCCGUUGACAUUGCAAUCGCCAGUGCCGGCAACCGGGAUGAGCUGCACAUGGACGAGAGCAUAUUGUCGCUGCUGCUCAAGCUCCAUUCGCAAUUGAGUGGCAAUUUGGAUAGCUUUUCGCUGGAUGAUCAUCGCACCACCAUCUCGACACCGAUGGAUGUUGAUUGCAAUGAGGCGAGCACAUCCUCAACAUCGACAUCGACAUCAUCGUCGUCGUCGUCGUCGACAGCGUUGGCCGAGCGCUUCCCCAGCUACAGCUAUCAGAAUAUCCACGUGUCGAGUUCGCGGAUUGGCGAUGGUCCCUUCUUCAUUGGCAAUCUGUUGCGCAAGAUUGCCACACGGGAUGCGCAGUGUGCGCAGUGCAUCGAUGAUAUACGCGCCCGUUUGUGGCCCAAUCAGCGGGAGAAACAGGCGGAGGCACGGGCUCGGGAGACCAAGGAGAAGGAGGAGCGCCGUAAAAUGGCACGCGAACGUCAACAGAAAAUGAUGCAGGACUUUGCCAACAAGCAGAAGCAAUUUAUGCAAUCUGCUGCAGCGGCUGCCAACAACAUGGACUUUGGACUGGAGGACGACGACGAGGAGGCGAUGUACGAGGAGCAGCCAAGGGAAAAGGAAUACGAUUGCAUCAUUUGCAAUUGCACAACGGCCAGCACCGAAACGAAUCCCAUUGGCCUUGUCGUUCUCGUCGAGUCCAGCGGCAUUGUUGGCCAUCGUCGUCGCAUCGCCGAUCGCCUUCCGCUUCCCUUGAACGAUGCGGACAAGGAGCGACUGAAGCAGACGACCCGCCUGGCCAACGAAUUUACGCGUCGCACCGAUUUGCUCAGCGACAAAUUUGGGCAGGAAUCGUGGUAUCUGUCCAAUAAUAUGGCCUACGAUAAUGGUGUUCAUGUCCAAUCGUGCGGCCAUCAUGUCCAUCUCAGUUGCCUGGAGGCAUACCUGAAAUCGCUCUAUACAACGCAACGUCAACCGGUGCAGGAUCGUGGCGAAUUCUAUUGUCCCGUCUGUCGACAGCUGUCCAACUCGGUGCUACCCCUCAGCCCCCAGCUGGAUAGACCCAUGCAUCUGGUGCGCUCCGGCAAUCAACCGUUCGAGCAGCUCGUCGCCGAUCUCACCGAUCUGAUCAAAGAGAACGAAACGAUGCCGCAACCCACUAAACUAACGGAGGCCAUGGGCCAUGCCAUGGAGGUGAUGACGAACAUUGCCCAGCGUAAGGUCAAAUGUGCCACGAUCACGUUCCGCAAGCUGUUCAUCUUUGUGACGUCGAUAGCCCGCACCAAUCUCGAGGCGGAGAUCAUACAACGUGGCGGCUCGCUGUGCACCUCGAAUGCGACGCGGUACAAACCGAAACGGGAUUGCAUUGUUCCAUUGCUGCAUGUGCUGUCGGUGCAUGUGCGUGUGCUCGUUGAGUGGCCAUUGUGGAGCAGCUGGGCAUCUCUGGCCGGGAUGCCGGUUAACGAUACGGAGCCAUUACCCGCACAUUGCCGGGAACUGAUACCUAGUCUGCUGGCGGAUCCCAUUGCGCUGCUACUCAAAUUCAUACUGCUCGCCCCGCUCCAUCUCGAUCAGGAUUAUUUCACCUGCAUGGUUAAGGUGAUGUACAAUCUGCUCUACUAUCAGAUUGUUGUCCAAUUGUGCGUCACGCUCACCGAACUCGAGUGCGAUCACAUCCUGGCCAAUUAUGGCAGCACAGAAGCAAACUCUACCUCCGCCUCCAAUUCCGCGACAACAUGCGAAACAGCUGCAACUGAAACAACAGCAGCAACAGCAAAUAGCAACAAGAGUUGCAGUUCCAGUUCAAGUUCCAGUUGCGGCAAUCGACGCAGCAGCUCAACGAGAUAUGGUUCACUGCAGAGCUGCGCAGAGUUGGGCAAAGCGAUGGCGCUGGUGCUGGAGCAAACGGAUCGCUUGACGCAUCUGCGACGGGAUAGCAUACCCAGCACCAGUGCGGCUGGUGCAACAGCAGCAGCUAGUGGUGCUGGACCAACUGAUGAGUGUCCAACUGGGGCUGCUGCUGCUGCUUCUGCUGCUGCUACUGAGGUGAAUCUCAAGUCAAUGGAGCUGCAAUUGCAAUCGCUGUGUUUACCAUUUCUGCGGAUUGCGGCGCUGCUGCGUCAGCAUUUGUAUAGGCACGAGAUGCCGGAGAUAUCGGCGCCCGGUUUGGAGUUUGUGCGUCUCGUUUACUAUUUGGAGCUGGUCACCGAUUCAAUGGACUGGGAUUGCUUUAAUGCAUCGAAGGGAUUGUGCUUUAUUCCAGGCACGGAGCAAACGUUGCCGCAAUUCUGGUGCAAGCAGCUCAUGGAUGUGCAUCCGCCCAGGGACACUGUUCGCAAGCUAAUCCUCAUGAAUCAGCACUCGCUGUGGCAGCAGCCCCGCCUCCUGGAGCUACCCCGCGAAUAUGAGCGUCUCUUCACGUACUAUCAUGAGCGACCCUGCCUCAACUGCUACAAGGUGCCCAAGGAGAGCUCCAUUUGUCUGCUGUGCGGCACCAUUGUGUGCCUCAAGCAGAACUGCUGUGCCGAAAAGGAAUGCUGUGAGGCAGUCCGGCACACAAUUUCCUGCGGCGGCGGCAUUGGCAUCUUCUUGGUGGUCACCUCAACGUACAUCAUUGUGAUUAGGGGACGACGCGCCUGCCUCUGGGGCUCAUUAUAUCUGGAUGAUUUCGAUGAGGAGGAUCGUGAUCUCAAACGUGGCAAGCCGCUUUAUCUGAGUCAGGAUCGCUUCAAUCUGCUGGAAUCACAGUGGCUGUCGCACAAGUUCGCACACACGAAGCACACGUGGGUGUUCCAUCGGGAUCUCUUGUGAAACAUGGAAGACUUAUUGCGCAGCAUCCAGGAGCUGGUUGGCCAGAUCUAAGCGAUCGAAUCGAACCCGAACCCCCCGGAUAUAGAGGCGGGAGGAGAAACGCGCACCAAAACGAAAGCAAAAAACCUGCAAACUGCAAACGGCAAACUGCAUUAUUGGUCUAAAAUCCGCUACUCAUUUUCAUCCCCCGCCAUGUCCACUUCCACUUCAUUCGCCGCCUCAUCCUCCUCCAGCUGCACCCGUAUUGUUGUGUUGCCCAGAUAUACAAGCAAAUUCAAGCUGCAAUUUGAUUAUAUAAAUUUCUAUAAAUAUUUAUAGUCGAAUUGCUGCUCUGACAUAUAUAUAUACAUAAUUAUAAAUAUAUAUAUUUAUAUGGGCAACUAAUAAUAUAGUUCACACAGAGUCAUAUUUAACAUUAAUAUUUAGGCAAAGCGACAAAGAUAUCCACACUCAAU